GACCCUUGCCCUCCAUGCACAAGAGCGAACAAAAAACGCCUCUGCUCGCCAGCGAAUAUCUGCAGCUUUUCUUCGUCGAGGAGGAGAAGAAGAAGAAGAUAAAACCCUAAUUAGGGUUGGGGUUCGUGUCUUUUUCUUCCUCUUCCUCCUCUAUCUUCUCCGAUUACAGCUGAGCGGAGGCUCCUGAAAACCCUAAGGUUUUCGUCGGAGAAGAUGGAGACGAGAGCUGAAUGCAGCAGUCGCAGCGGCAGUGGCGGAUCGAAGUUCCCUUUGACCGCUUGGGAGGUGGCGUCCGCUUCUACGGUCGUUUUAGGUUUUGGAUUGGGGCUUUUGUGCGUUUACCUGACGAUGCCGGCGUCAGAUUACAGCUUCCUCAAGCUUCCCCACAGCCUCGAAGAUCUGCAGAUCCUCCGGGAUCACCUUGAGAGCUAUGCAAGUGACUACACUAUACAGGUUCUAGUGGGUUACUGCAUGGUCUACAUUUUCAUGCAGACUUUCAUGAUUCCAGGAACAAUAUUCAUGUCUCUGCUUGCCGGAGCUCUCUUUGGAGUCCUCAAAGGGGUAGCUUUAGUUGUCUUUGCUGCAACUGCUGGUGCAUCUUCCUGCUAUUUCCUAUCGAAGCUCAUAGGGAGGCCCCUUGUCUUUUCAUUGUGGCCUGAUAAGCUCAGUUUCUUCCAGGCGCAGGUGGCUAAAAGAAGAGAGAGCCUACUGAACUACAUGCUCUUCCUAAGAGUCACCCCUACUCUGCCAAACACAUUCAUCAAUGUAGCUUCACCCAUAGUCGAUGUUCCUUACCACAUUUUCUUCCUGGCUACCAUCAUUGGACUCAUUCCGGCAGCCUACGUCACUGUCCGGGCUGGAAUCGCUUUAGGGGAGUUGAGGUCGAUGGGUGACCUGUAUGAUUUCCAGUCAAUCGCAACGCUUUUCCUCAUUGGGGUAGUCUCUAUUACCCCAACGCUGAUGAGCAAGAGCAAGUCAUAGAGCCCCUCACUAAUGGUCAUCGAAGCUCGUCUGCAUUGCCCUUCAGCUGUGACGAACUGGGUCUCCUGCUAUGUGGGAUGUACUGAAGCAUAAAAAUAAAAAUGGAAUGCAGGUUGAACACAGCUCGCAGGUUGUGCUGGCCGAAGCUGAAGGGUUUCUGGCUAGCUUGAAGUCGUGGCCAGGCUGACCCUUAUUUCUGCAAAAAUGUUCUCCGGUGUCAAUUAUAGUUUUAGUCAGUGUUCAUACUUAACCAUGGACCUCUCUCUCUCUCUCUCUCUCUCUCUCUCUCUCUCUCUCCAUGUAUAUUUCAUUUCUCAUUCGGUUUAAAAGAAUUGACCAGGGAGAUUUGUUCAAACUAGUAGAGAACCGUGCGGUCCGCAGACCCACAUGCCUGGUUUUAUCUUGGCUAGCCAGCUUAUACCACUA